AUGAUUGUACUUCAUUGGCUAAAGAAGGCCCCCGCGACACUUAAGGUAUUUGAAGCGAAUCGAGUGGGGGAAAUUCAAAAGAUAACAGACGGUCUCGAGUGGCGGCAUAUAAAAUCCGAACAUAAUCCGGCGGACGCGUUGUCGCGAAGUCAGUUCCCGCGGGAGUUCUUAAAAAAUGAAUCGUGGUUCGACGGCCCCGCGUGGCUAAGCCGGCCCGAAGAGAAUUGGCCAGAGUCAAUUGAAAUCCCCAUUAAAGAUCUGCCCGGGUUAAAAAAGGCCGUUUGUCUACUAUCCUCAAAACUCGAAACAAGAUACAUAUACGACGGAUUUUCCUCCUAUACGCGAUUAACUCGCGCCAUUGCGUAUGGCUUACGAAUGUUACCGUCAAACCGAAAUAAAGGCGCGCUUACGAUACAAGAGGUAUGCGAGGCGGAGGUCCGAAUACUAAAACUGAUACAGAAUGAACAAUUCGCGAAUGAGAUUACUAGAAUUUCAAAUUCACAAGACGUAAAGGGCUCAAAAUUAGCAUCGUUAAGUCCAAUACUAGAUCAAUCAGGUUUACUUCGCGUGGGUGGCAGGCUGCGAAAUGCCGCCAUUCCCAUUUCGCAAAAACACCCGAUAUUAUUACCGUCACAUCAUCACGUAACUGAUCUAAUUAUUAAAAACGUUCACGAAAAAAAUUAUCACGCCGGCAUCCAAACGACACUUUAUGCAGUACGUUAUCGCUUUUGGUUAUUAGACGGAAAGAAUCAGAUACGAAAGAUAGUGAGACAAUGCGUACGCUGCAUUAGAUUCCGCGCGUCACCUGUUGAGUAUAAAAUGGCCGACUUACCAAAAUCAAGAUUGAACGAAUCGAUCGCAUUUAAUCAUACGGGACUCGAUUUCUUCGGACCAAUGUUCGUAAAGGAGAAAAAGCAACGGAACAGAGGCCGAGUCAAAGUAUACGGAUGCGUUUUCAUUUGUAUGUCAUCAAAAGCCGUUCAUAUCGAGAUCGUUAGCGACCUGUCCACGGAAGCAUUUCUAGCGGCAUUAAAACGGUUCAUGGGACGUAGAGCCAUCCCAGCACACAUAUAUUCGGACAAUGGCACAAAUUUCAUAGGUGCUAAUAAUCAAUUACGCGAAUGGUACGCCCUAUAUGAAUCAGCCGAAUUUAAGACUCAAAUAAACGAAUUUGCGACUACAAACAAAAUUUCUUGGCACUUUAACCCUCCCCUCUCUCCCCAUUUCGGGGGCAUUUGGGAGGCUGCAGUCAAGUCAUUUAAGCAUCACUUCAAACGAGUGAUAGGAGACCGCUUAUUCACAUAUGAAGAACUCAAUACGCUAGCCAUUGAAAUCGAAGCCAUACUAAACUCACGGCCUUUGUGCCCUAUAUCUACCGACCCUAAUGACCCCCUGGCUUUAACGCCUGCACACCUUUUAGUGGGGCGACCGCUCACGAUGCUACCUGAAAAUAAUUACUUAUAUGUUCCAGAGAAUCGCCUUACUUCCUGGCGACUGAUAUCCAAGGCCCGACAAGACUUUUGGCGCAAAUGGCACGUCGAAUAUCUGACGGAAUUACAACGACGACAAAAAUGGACCAAGUCCAAUACCGAACUGAAACGUGACUCGAUUGUCAUAAUUAUCGACAAAAAUUUACCGUGCAUGCGGUGGCAGCUUGGGCGGAUUGUGGAGCUACAUCCUGGAGACGACGGGCUGGUCAGAGUAGCCAGCGUCAAGACUUCUCAAGGAAUCUUCAAGCGAAACACGAAAUUAUUGUGCCCUUUAACAACCGAUUCGUAG